GCCCACAACUUGAUUGGCUGCAAAGCUCGGAGGGGGGGACGAGGCUAAGUUUACAGGUGAAGCUACUUCCCACACGCGUCCUACUGCCUUCUCAGUGCUUUGACGUGAGGGGAACGUCACUGCGCGCAAGCCACCACUAUGAACGCCGAGUUGGAAGCCUACAGUUGGGGGAAUAAUAACACUGCUACCUGCGAUUCUACCCUGGAGCGUCAUACUUACACAGUGUACAUCACCAUCGUCUCAUCAUGCCUCUCAAUGAUAGGGUGCGCCCUAAUCAUCCUUACCUACAUCCUCUGGCACGACAUCAGAACGGUCGCCCGAGCUAUUGUCGUGUUUUUAGCAAUCGCUGAUUUCUUCACGGCGGCAGGCUACCUUUUCGGAGCGGUUGUAAACUACGUUAAUAAACAGAAACAUCUCGAUCGCAGUGUCUACAGGUACCUCUGUUCUUCUCAAAGUUUUAUUACCACGGCUUUUCCGAUCAGCUCGUUUCUAUGGACAAUUCACCUGGCCGUUUAUCUCUAUGUAGCGAUUGUCAACGCUAAACCAAAUCUCGCCAAAAGACUAGUUAUUGUGUUCCACAUUACCGGGUGGGGUAUACCCCUGCUAAUUUGUGUUCCGGCUCUACUUACCGGUCAUCUAGGGAGCAGCAAUGAACGGACCUCAGUCAAUUGGUGCUUUAUCUAUUUUAACAACACUAACCCUGGAGACAAUGGCGAACUGAAGCGUCGUUUGGCAGAGUAUUAUGGAUUCGAGUUUCUGUGCGGAAAGUUUUGGGAGAUUUCGGCGUCAGUUAUUGCAGUGUUUCUGUACAUUUCAGUCAAAGUAGUGUUAAGGAGAAGAAUGAGCCAGCCUGUGCAGAUAGCAAGAAGCGCCUACGGAAGUGUCAAUAUAGAGAGGAAGCUCACAGCGGCCAUGAUCCAUCUGGACCAGAAACUCAUCUUCAUCCCGCUGGUCUUCAUCUUUCUCAGAUUCUGGGGCACUCUGAGAUUCUUCAUCUCGUUUGAGAAGUCCUGCCACACUCCCUGUGACGACAAACUGAUUGUAACACAUCCCUGCAAGGCCGCGCUGUACAAUCAAUUCCUUAUGGUGAUGCAGGCAGCGUGCGAUCCCGGGCAGGGCUGGGGCAAUGCUCUGGUUUUCGUUGUCUUUCACAAGACCCUAUUCAGGAGACUGUGUCCCUGCCUGUUUUACGUUAGCCGGAAAAUGAGAGACUUUUACCAGUGCAGUAAGGCCCGUUCAGAGAAUCCAGCAGUGAUAUCUUCUUCAAGCGGAAGAAAAGAGUCACCUCUUAUCAAUGACGAAGAUGAUGGACAUCACACGCCAUUACCGAGCGAUGAAUGUGACAAACUCACUGGAUCUGUUAGGUUCGGAUCAACCCAUUCAUCUACUCGCAUGUGAACCCUGAAAUAAAUGUCUUAAAUGGUUUUUGCCCCAUUCAGAUUGGCAUAAUGAAUGUACUCAAUGGAGCCCUCUCACUGCUCUGUAUUUUUUUAAUGAUGCAUCUUUGUCCCUGUUAUUUUUACAAUAUUCCGUCUGAUUUUAUGUAUCUUUCAUAAUGGCUGUG